GGCAGACAUAUUUGUGCGGGCUGAUAGUUAACGGUCGGACGGAUUCGUAUGGGGAGAGGAAGCCAGGGCAAGGAUUUAGUUCAGAUUGUGUUUACUUCUCGACUUUGCCAGGGAUCGAGGUUACACUGAAAUGUCGGAGGAAAUUGAGGGGACAAAGACGACGGAGGAGACGGUGGUGAAUGACCAGAAUGAGAUGGACGACAAGGUGACCAGUCCAGAGAAGGUUGAGGAGGCCAAGUUGAAGGCUCGCUACCCAAACCUGGGGCACAAACCUGGAGGCUCCGACCUGCUACGCAAACGCCUGACCAAGGGGCAAAAGUAUUUUGACUCUGGGGACUACAACAUGGCCAAGGCCAAGGUGAAGAACAAGCAGCUUCCUGCAGCCACGUCAGAGAAGAGCGGAGGAGGAGAGAUCACAGGAGACCAUAUCCCCACACCUCAGGACCUGCCUCAGAGGAAACCUUCCCUGGUGGCCAGCAAACUGGCCGGCUGAUACACACACUGUCCUGUCUCUAACCCUGUCAAUACUCCUAACAUUCACCCUGCUACACCUGUUCCUGUCUCACUACCUCUCCCCCAUCUACUUCUGCCCCAGCCCCAGAGAGACCCUUCCCUGGUGGCCAGCAAACUGGCACACACCUCUAACCGCCUGUCCCUGGUUCUGUCCCUCAUCCUCUUCACCCAGUCCUCUCUGCUUCCCCUCACCUUCCACUCUGUUAUGGCUCCCUCUUCUUCCUGCUCUUCCUCCCCUCUGUUCUUGUUUAUUUUCUAUUCUCAUGUAAAAAUACACUGAAAGCAAGGAUGAGGAUGUGUAGAAGGGAGAGAGAGGGAGGACUGGGAUGACUCUACUACAGGAGGAGACUUUAAAGAUGACCACAACUCUGUGUCCCAGAUGACACCCUAUCCCCUAAUAGCCCUGUGGGCUCUGGUCAAAAGUACAGUGUACAAAACAUUAGGAACACUUUCCUAAUAUUGAGUUGCACCCCCUUUUGCCCUCAGAACAGCCUCAAUUCGUUGGGGCAUGGACUCUACAAGGUGUCGAAAGCGUUCCACAGGGAUGCUGGCUCAUGUUGGCUGGAAAUCUUUUGGGUGGUGAACCAUUAUUGAGACACACAGGAAACUGUUGAAUGUGACAAAUCCAGCAGUGUUGCACUUCUUGACGCACUCAAACUGGCACCUACUACCAUAUCCCGAUCAAAGGCACCUAAAUCUGUCACCCUCUGAAUGGCACACAUACACAAUCUGUCUCAAGGCUCCACAAUCCUUCUUUAACCGGUCUCUAAUCAUUAAUCUACACUGAUUUGAAUUGCAUUUAACAAGUGACAUCAAUAAGGAAUCAUAGCAUUCACCUGAUCAGUCUAUCAUGGAAAGAGCAGGUGUUUAUAAUGUUUUGUACACUUGUGUAUUUAGGGAAUAGGGUGCCAUUUUGGAUGCACCCCGAAGAGUCUGUAACAUAGGAAGGAGGAGGGCCCAGACUGGAGCCACAGAGAGUCUGAAAUGGCACACUAUUCCCUAUGCAGUACACUACUAUCAACCAGUGCCCUA